AUGGCGUCUCCCGGUGUACGGAAGAUCAACUUUCUUCACUCCAAAAGGCUCCAAGGUGUUCAAGAUAUAAUAAAUUUGCGUAAAGGUGGUAAUGCCACAUAUGAAAGUGCUGACAUCUUUAAUCAAAUUCUGGCAGCAUUAAUUCAAGUAGUUGAAAAUGAUAUUACUGAAGAUAUAGCACGAAGUCCAUUUGUUGGUGUUGGCACAGAUGAGAGCACCGACAGAAGUACUGAAAAACAUGCUGUAUUUGUUAUACGGUAUAUUAAGCUUCAGACUGCAUCAUUAAAGACAACAUUCCUGAAAAUGAAAAGCAUAAGAGAUGGAAAGGUCGAAACUAUUUUUAAUGCUUUAAAAGAUGAAUUACGAGACAAAGGCGUGAAAUUUCGAAGGAUGGUUGGCUUUGGAGCAGAUGGGGCUAACGUUAUGGCUUCAGAUAUGAAUGGUGUAACUGGUUUAAUUCAUCAGGACAACCCUUACUCUGUAUGCAUACAUUGUGUAUGUCAUCGUUUACAUCUAGCAGUCAGUCAAGCAUGCAAAAAUAUCCCUGAAAUGGUGCUACUGAAUGAUACCUUAUCUACACUAUAUGCUUAUAUAAGCCGCUCACCAAACAAAUUGCAGAAGUUCAAGGACUUUGCUGAGUUAAUAGGCCAGAAAGCUAUAAAAUUGAAACGAAUCUUUGAUAUUAGAUGGCUGAGUAUGGGUGAGGCAGUAUUGGCAGUCUUGAAGAAUUAUGAACCACUUGUUAUGAUGAUUGAAGAUGAAGCAGCAACAGGGGAUCCUACUGCAAUUGGUCUACACCAACAAAUGACAACUUACCUGUUUAUAGCACUCCUGCAUUUAACUGCCGAUGUCCUUAGUGCAACAAAUCAUUUGAGCAGAGUCAUGCAAUAUAGAGAUGUGUGUUUUUCAGUGUUACAUGGUGUUUUUGAUGACUGCAUUGAAGUAUUACAGAGGCUACAAAAUGAAAAUGGCACCUUUAUGCAAAUACUGAGUAACGAAUUAGAUGCAGAUCCAAUUGGUAUGUUCAAAGGCCAUCAAAUUACUUAUCAGAAUAGGAAUGCAAGGGCUGGUAAUCGCAAUUAUGAAGAUGUUGUGAAUGGUACAAGACAACUAUUUCUUCAGAAUUUAUUGAACAAUUUAAGGGCAAGAUUUCCACAGAUUCCUUUGUAUGUAGCUAUGCAGAUAUUUGAGCCAGCAUCUUAUCCACCCGAAGAUAGAUUACUUAACUGGGGUGUUGAUUAUCUUGAGGUCCUUCUAGAGCACUAUGGUUUACCCAAAACAAAUAAAAAUGGUGAACAAUUUGCUCCAAUUAUUGACAGUGAUGUUGUUAGAGCAGAAUUUCUACCAUUUAAAAAAUUGGUCAGUCACAACAGGGGUGAAAUGCAGGAAGAUCACUUUCACUUCUAUACACCUACUAAGUUGAUGGAAAAAAUAUUUGGCAAUGAACAACAGCUAAUCAACAAUUUUUUCCUGUUGUUGGUCGAUCUUUUGAGCCUCGCUGAAGAGCUCGUCAAUUAG